AUGACAAAAAAGCGUUCUUCCAAUGGUUUCAUGUAUUUUGCUGAUGCUCGACGAGCUUUUUAUGAGUCAGAAAAUAAAGGUAUACAUUUGACGGCUAAAAAAUUAGUCGAACGUGCUACACGUGACUGGAAGAUGAUGAGCGAAGAUGAACGUCAGAAAUGGCGUAACGAAAGUCGUCGACGUCGUGAUGAGCUCUAG